AUGACCACCGCUGUAGACACACCAUACCUCGACGCUCUGCAGAGGGAUGGAUUCGUCAAGAUCCCGCAACUUCUGUCGCCACAACUGUUGCUGGCCAUGAGAGCGGCAUGCCAAUAUUCAACCGAAAGAGCACGUGCGGGUGAGUGGCCAUACGUACGAACCGUCCCAAAGCAAUAUCCCCCUUGGCAGGAGUGGAAGGAGGGUGACAAUAUUUGGGGUGUACAACAUCUGCUUCACCCAGAUAUGAAUGUCCGUGAUACAUUUGCGGAGGUUUAUUUCUCAGACGAGGUGCUUUCGGUGGUAAAGGAGCUGGUCGGUCUCAGGCAAGAUCCUGCUGGCGAUGACAAGCUAGUCAUGGAGUUGUUCAAUCUCCUCGUGAGCCCAGCGGAAAAGACGGACUUUGAACUUUGUUGGCAUCGAGAUGAUAUUCGCCCAGACGUCACAGCAGAGGAAGAGGCACAACAGCUUAAGGACAAAAGCCCCCAAGGUCAGCAAUUACACGCACAAUACAACAUCGCGCUUUUCGAUGACGCUUCACUUAUCGUGGUACCCGGCAGCCAUUGCAGAAUCAGAACUGAGACUGAACGCAAUGCGCCACCUUAUGAGUCCAAUCUCCCCGAUCAGCUGGUGGUGGAGUUAAACGCUGGCGACGCGGUCUUUUAUGACAGCAAUAUCCUUCACCGGGGGACAUACAAAGGGAUUGAUACUCGAGAGACGCUGGGUCGCAUGACACUGCAUGGAUCCGUUGGGUUAGCGGGACAUGGAACCGAAAGGGCGAGACAGGUAUUGCAGCAUGCCGUUGGACGGUGGGUCGAUCGGGCACAGUUUCAGCUUCAAGGUCCCAAGGGCGACAGAGCUGAGGCAAUGAGGGCUAGGCUCGUCGCCAUGGGGAAGGGUGAGGAUGUAGGGUAUUCCCUUGUGGGUUGA